UGGCCUCUGUCCCUGAUGACCCAGUUAUUAUUUGAUUUAUGUGGACUCGCAGCUGCCCUCGCUCCGACCCCCAGGAAGGCUGUGUGGGAAGUUUGUAUCUCGGAGCCACAGCGCUGCUCUGCGCAGUGUCUGGAGCCCAGGGUAUGCACAGGAGCUGAUAAAUAGGGAAAAGGCCCGGGCUGCUCCAGCUGGACUCAGAGCUCAGACCAGUGCUACAGCCUCACCGACUCGUCUCUGGAAGCAAGAAACUCUGGAGCUACCAUUGCCUUAAAAGUCAAUCACACAGCAAAGUGAAUGAAACAGUGCAGCUGGGAGCAGAACAUGGCCAACACGUUUGUGGCUGUACCCGAUGGGUAUUGUGUUCCUGAGCCCAUUCAGUAUUAUGAUGUUUUACCGGAGCACAUCAACUACCAGCUGCAAGACGUGGAUUUUCAGACUGUGCCAUACUGCCAAUACUCAACAGCCCAAAUUCCUCCUCCAGCGUUACAGGCACCACCUUCCCAGCCGCCAUACGGCAUAUAUGGCCUGGACUCUCCCUACAGCGAUGGGCAGUGUGCCAUCAGCACCUGUGAGCUGAGCAAAGGCCCUUUUGCAGCUCCCCACACUGACGGUGGUGGGUACCAAGGGCUGAAACGGCCGCGACUGAGCCACUCUUCUCCAAGAGUAAAGGGGCAGGAGGAGCUGUGUGUGGUGUGUGGCGACAAGGCCUCAGGCUACCACUACAAUGCACUCACCUGUGAGGGCUGUAAAGGCUUCUUUCGACGCAGUAUAACCAAAAAUGCAGUGUAUCGGUGCAAGAACGGUGGUCACUGUGAAAUGGACAUGUAUAUGCGAAGAAAGUGUCAGGAAUGUCGCCUGAAGAAGUGUAAAGCUGUGGGAAUGCUAGCAGAAUGUUUGCUGACUGAAGUUCAGUGCAAGUCAAAGCGACUCAGGAAGAAUUUCAAACAGAAAAGCAGCUUUCUUUGCAACAUAAAACUGGAAGACGAGGGACUGAACAGUAAGCAUGUAUCAUCUACAACAAGAUCUGGAAAAAUCCCAGAGAAGAUGGAACUUACACCAGGGGAAAAUCAGCUUCUUGACAACAUUGUAGCAGCACACCAAAAAUACACAAUUCCCCUUGAGGAAGCAAGGAAGUUUCUACAAGAAACUGCAAGUCCUGAAGAGAGUUUUCUCCGUCUCUCUGAGACAGCAGUUGUCCAUGUGCAGGUGUUAGUGGAUUUCACAAAAAGACUUCCAGGAUUUGAGAGUUUAGCUAGUGAAGAUCAGAUUGCGCUGCUGAAAGGAUCAACAGUUGAGGCGAUGUUUUUGCGCUCGGCCCAAAUAUAUAACCAAAGAAUCAGUGAAUGCCAACCAUCAGCAAGUGAAAGUCAAGUCAGACUUUCUGAUCGUGGGACAUGUUGUCAUGUUCAAAGCCUUGAUAAAAACAUUUACUCCGUGGAAAUGUCUCACAGUGAAGAGGGCCCAACCUCCACUACUACUACAGGGAUAACGGAGGAGUUCAUUACAGCGCUGUUUUACUUCUACAGAAGCAUGGGGGAGCUGAAAGUCACUGAGCCUGAGUACGCCUUGCUUGUUGCAACUACCGUGUUCUUCUCAGACCGCCCACUGCUGCGGAACCGGCGCCUUGUGGAGGAGCUGCAGGAGCCACUGCUGGGCCUCCUCUACAAGCACGCCCGGAUCCACCACCCUGCAGACCCACAGCGCUUCGCACGCCUCGUGGGGCGCCUGACGGAGCUGCGCUCCCUGCGCCAUGGGCACGCGCAGGCGGUGCGGCGUGCGACCGACCCACGGCUGCGUGCACUGCUGCGUGGGCUGCGCGACCUGCACUAGUGCCUGACAGAUCCCGACGGCGCAUGACAGAGACCGACAGCAAACAACAGUGCCCGACAAAGACCGACAGCGCCCAACAAAGACCGACAGCACCCAGCAGUACCUAACAAAGACCGACAGCACCUGACUGAGCCCGACAGAGCCCGACAGCGCCUGACAGAGCCCGACAGCGCCCGACAGUGCCCGGCAGCAACCGGCAGAAGACCAACAGCACCUGACAAGAGACCAACAAAGACCGAUAGUGCCUGAUAGAGCCUGACAGAGCCUGUCAGCGCCCAACAGCACCCGACAGCACCCAGCAGAGACCAACAAAGACUGACAGCGCCUGACUGAGCCCGACAGCAGUCGGAAGAGACCGACAGAGCCCGACAGCACCCAAGAAGGACUGACACCACCUGACAGAGACUGACAGCGCCCAGCAGAGACCAACAGCGCCUGGCAGAGCCUGACAGAGACCAAUUGAGCCUGACAGCACCCAACAGUGACCGGCAGAGCCCAACAGUGACCCGCAGAGACCAACAAUGACCGACAGAGCCCAACAGUGCCCCGCAGAGACCAACAAAGACCGACAGAGCCUGACAGCACCCGGCAGCGACUGACUGAGCACGACAGCACCCAACAGAGACCAGCAGUGCCUGACUGAGCCUGACAGCAACCGAAAGAGACUGACAGAGCCUGACAGCACCCGACAGAGACCGACACCACCUGACAGAGACUGACAGCGCCUGGCAGAGCCUGACAGAGCCCGACAGCGCCUGGCAGAGCCUGACAGAGCCCAACAGCGCCCAAUUGAGCCUGACAGCACCCAACAGCAACCGACAGAGCCCGACAGUGCCCCGCAGAGACCAACAAUGACCGACAGAGCCCGACUGCACCCAACAGAGACCCACAGCACCCAACAGAGACCAGCAGAGACCCACAGCGCCCAACAGAGACCAGCAGAGACCAACAGAGACCCACAGUGCCCAACAGAGACCAACAGAGACCCACAGCGCCCAACAGAGACCAACAGAGACCCACAGUGCCCAACAGAGACCAGCAGAGACCAACAGAGACCCACAGCGCCCAACAGAGACCAGCAGAGACCCACAGUGCCCAACAGAGACCAGCAGAGACCAACAGAGACCCACAGCGCCCAACAGAGACCAACAGAGACCAGCAGAGACCCACAGCGCCCAACAGAGACCAGCAGAGACCCACAGUGCCCAACAGAGACCAGCAGAGACCCACAGCGACCAACAGAGACCAGCAGAGACCCACAGUGCCCAACAGAGACCAGCACAGCACCUGACAGAGACCAUGACCCACAGCGCCCGCCCCGC